AUGUCACAGGGAAUGAUAAACAAUCGAUCCCUGGAAAAGGAUUUUACCGUUGCGAGUCCCGAAGAAUUCGUCAAAAGGUUCAAAGGAACGAGAGUCAUAAAUAAGGUUCUCAUCGCCAACAAUGGUAUAGCUGCCGUUAAAUGCAUGAGAUCGAUAAGAAGAUGGUCGUAUGAAAUGUUUAAAUUUGAAAGGUCGAUCAGAUUUGUCGUAAUGGUUACGCCCGAAGAUUUAAAAGCGAAUGCGGAAUAUAUAAAAAUGGCCGAUCACUACGUUCCCGUACCCGGCGGUGCUAAUAAUAAUAAUUAUGCCAAUGUCGAAUUAAUAUUGGAUAUCGCUCUCAGGUGUCAAGUUCAGGUACGGAUAUAA